UUACACUGUUUGACAAGAACGGCCGCAAUAUUUUCAAAUUUAAACAACAAAAAGACCACAAUACCAAUAUGCUUAUAGCAGACUUUUUUGCAGAUCGUGAAGUUUUCAUAACCGGUGGAACAGGUUUUCUGGGCAAAGCCUUGAUAGAUAAACUUUUACGCGACUGUCCAAAAGUCAAAGUACUCUACAUAUUGCUGAGAGGAAAGCGAUCAGUUGGUGUACAGCAACGUUUAGAGGAGUUAAAAAAGAACAAAGUAUUUGAUCGCAUACAUGAAGAGUGUCCGGAGGUGCUAAAUAAAUUGCAUGCUAUACAAGGCGACAGCCAAGAAUUGGGUUUAGGCAUAAAACCCAGUGAUCUGGAAUUGUUGAAAAAUGUCAGCCUGAUUUUUCACAUGGCGGCCAAUGUUAAAUUUGAUGAUCCAUUGCGCAGUUCAAUAUUACUGAACACUCGAGGCACUUGGGAACUGGUGAAAAUUGCGGAAAAACUCAAAAAUCUAUUGGCUUUUAUACACUGUUCGACUGCCUACUGUAAUCCAUUUGAGGAUGUUGUAGAAGAGAGCGUUUACAAAAUGCCGGUGGAUUGGCGUAAGGCCAUCAAAAUAGCUGAAACGUAUGAUGAAAAUACUAUCAAUGCUUUGUGUUCGAAAUAUACAGGGCAUUACCCCAAUACUUAUACAUUUACUAAGAAUCUGAGUGAACAAAUUAUCGAGGAAUAUUCUACCAAAUUACCCUUGUGUUUAUUUCGUCCGUCAGUUGUAAUGAAUGCUAUAAAAGAACCUGUUGCCGGUUGGGUCGAUAAUAUGAAUGGACCCUUAGCCAGUAUGGUGGCCUUAGGUGUUGGCAUUUUACCAAUUCUAUGCUCAAAUCCUAAUAUAUCCAUGGAUUGUAUGCCAGUUGAUAUGGUAACUAAAUUAACAAUUGUGGCGGCAUACAAACGUGGUUUGCAGACACUUCGAAAAGUACCCGUUCAAAAUGGCAUGGAAGUUGUAAAUUGUGCUGAAGGUGGUGAUCUUUUCAAUUUAAGCGUGGAGCGUAGUAUUUCAUUUUAUGCACGAGCAAUUAAAAACAAUCCCAUGGACAAUUGCAUUUGGUACUAUGGACCUCCAUGGUUAUCAUCAUGUUACUACAAUUUUGCAUUUAAUAUGUUUGUCAAAAAUAUUCCGCUGGCCUUGUUAAUCGAUAGUAUUUUACGUUUAAGGGGCCGUGAGCCAUUGAUGUUAAAAAAUUCUCGCCGUAUUAUGUACGCGAUGAAGGCGACCUACUUCUUUGGCAGGAAAGAAUAUAAAAUGAUUAAUAAAAAUAUGAUAGAUUUGGAGAAAUACAUACCGGAAAGUGAAAUUGAAACUUAUCAAAUUGUAAAGGAUGCUAAGAAUGCUGAUUUCAUGGGUUAUUUCGAUAACGUUGUUAGAGGUGUUAAAUACAAUUUCUUCGAUCAACCUACGCAAGCGUCUGAAGCCACCCAUAAACGUUUCAAGGCCUUGGUUAUUGUUAAUAAGAUUAUAAAUGGUUUAUUUUAUGCAUUAUUUGUACGUUAUUUAUGGUCAAUUGCUUCAAAAUAUUAAUAUGACAAACACAAUUUUAAAUAAAUCUGGAUGAGG